UGAUCUCGCAAAUAGUCAAAAUGGAGGCAAGUCAAACCCGAAUCCAAACCCAAACCCGAUUCCGGAUUAAGAUCUUGCUGACGUCACUCUCGGCCAUGGUGGCUGAGACUGCCACGUUCCCGAUUGACCUGACCAAGACCAGGCUCCAGCUCCACGGCGAGUCUCAACCUCUCUCCUCCUCAACGCCCACGCCGUCUACCAACGCGUUUCGUGUCGCUUCCGAAAUCGUUCGUGAACAAGGCGUAUUGGGUCUCUACAAAGGCCUAUCUCCGGCGAUUAUCAGGCACCUUUUUUACACUCCCAUCCGGAUAGUUGGUUAUGAGAAUUUAAGGAAUUUCGUGAGCUCCGAUGGCUCCCUUUCUUUAUCUUCCAAGGCUCUUGUUGGUGGCAUCUCCGGCGUUAUUGCUCAGGUAGUGGCAAGUCCAGCUGAUCUUGUUAAGGUAAGGAUGCAAGCAGAUGGGCGGAUGGUAAGCAGGGGUCUUCAGCCUAGGUACAAAGGACCAUUUGAUGCUUUAAAAAAGAUUGUUGCCAUGGAAGGUUUUCGAGGUCUUUGGAAAGGAGUUUUCCCAAAUGUCCAGAGAGCAUUUUUAGUGAAUAUGGGGGAAUUAGCUUGUUAUGAUCACGCAAAACGUUUUGUUAUCAGUAAUCAGAUAUCUGCUGAUAACAUCUAUGCGCACACAUUGGCAUCGAUCAUGUCGGGUCUCUCUGCUACAGCUUUGAGUUGUCCGGCUGAUGUUUUGAAGACGAGAAUGAUGAACCAAGCAGGCGGCAAGGGAGGGAAUGUGAUGUACAAGAACUCAUAUGAUUGUUUGGUGAAGACGGUGAAAAUAGAAGGAUUAACAGCAUUGUGGAAAGGUUUCUUUCCUACAUGGGCAAGGCUUGGUCCUUGGCAGUUUGUUUUCUGGGUCUCUUAUGAGAAAUUCCGGCAAACUGCAGGGCUGUCUUCCUUCUGAGCAAUGACCUAAUUGGGAUUUAGAUGCCGAUACACUUGCAUGGUGAAUUCAGUUUUGCAUAUACCAGCAAUGUGCUACAAAUGCCAGCAUUUGGCAGAAGAUUUUUUAAUGCUGAUGCCCCUUUCAAUCAAUCAUUAAUGAGUGUCAUUCAGUUCCUUCAGUUAUAAGCUGGCAAGCAUUCAUUGUCUACCAUUAUGGAAUUCACUGUUUUGAGCUUUACUUAUCAGCGACCUUUUAUAAAUUCCGAUAUUUAGACACAACUUUGCUUUAUUGCUUACGUGCGUAGACACCCGAGUUGUACUGUCCAACUCUCCAUUUAGGCAACCUGUUUCUUCUCAAAACAUUGAAGAGAUGAAAUGAACUCACUAGCUGACGGUCUGGCCAAAGCUGGAGUCUUAAGGGAUGAUAAUUUCAAUGCCUACUUUGUUCUUCACCAAAGGGAUGGAAAUUUUGAACCUCCUGAGGAUCUUUUUUAAACGAUUACAGGGGUGACUGUCAUGCUAAGCAAACUUUUUGAUGGAUUAUUCGUGGGGUUUUUCUGUUGGUUUAUUUAUCAUUUUUGUUUCUAUUGGCGCAUCAUGUUCUGAUGAUGUUUGCCAGGCCUCGUCUGGAGGACCUUUUGUAGCUUUAAGACUUAAGUGGCUAUUCUGUUCGAAGUCUCUUUCAUGAGACAAAGCUCAAUAAAAC